AUGAGUUCUCCGACGCAAGGAGCUCGUGGUUGGAAUGCGCUGCCAUCGCUUAACUUGCUCCGAGUUUACGAUCGGAGGGGAUCGCCCUCGCCGUUUCUUGUCUUCAGAUUUGCUGACGAUAAGGCCUUUUCGAGCAGCACCGGAACCCAGCACUCUUCUAGCUGGGCUUUACUUCGGUCGCGCACCCUCGGCAUAUCCUUUGACCUCGCGACUCGAGUCCUGGCGUUUAAUAACAGCCAGGGCUUCGCCGAUAGCUUCGGAGACGCCGAUACCGAUCAUGUCGACGAAAGGCCUCGCGACCUGAUACCUUAA